AUGAGACUUCUGAUCCCACUCUACCAUACGUUCAUGCUCACCCAGCUUGUACUGGCCCAAGACUCAGAUUCCGAAUGUGCUGCUGGUCCGGUACUUUCCGCCGGAGGCUGGCGAGACUUUCUAGCACCUAACAAAGGCCUCAGGUGCCAAGGCGCAAGCAUCUAUUUUUUUGAAAAGGAUGAGCGUCAUUAUGUACCAAUUCAAUACGGUGAUGUUCUCUGCCAUAGCUUACCUUCUGCAAAUGUUUCGCUACCAAUCGAUGCGCCCUCGGGACUUGCCAGAAUCACUUGGCUAUGUGAUAGCGAAGAGCAAGACUAUUGCCAGAUAGCUUCUGUCAUGGCUGCAACAUCUACUCCCCCGGCAGCUAACAUGGCGACAUACGCCAUGAUCCAGAACUGCCCGACCAGUGCAGUUUAUACGACAGAUAAAUACACUGAUGCGUCCAAUGAGCGAUCUGCGACUUUCACUACUCCAUUGUGGAGAACGCCGAACGCCAAGGGCACUGCCAAUACCCCCGCAGCUUUCAUAGGGACUGCACCGACUCGGUCAGCAGCCCAUGGCAGCUUCACCUCAUUGGGACCAACCGCCCAGCCACCGGAAACUAGGGUACCAUCAACUGAACUAGAAGUUCCUACUCCUACGGACAGCGAAGGAAGUAUGUUUCAUAAGAGUGGUAGUUUUACUACAACUGCCAAUGGCUAUACGGAAAAUCCAACAAUUGCGACACCAGCAGAGUCUCACACAGAUGACUCGGGAGCUGCACAAACAACACAGGUAGAUGAUAAUAACAAUACCGCAAUUCCAGCACCUUCACAACUUACGCAAACUUCGGGAGGACUAUCGCCUUCCAAAGGAGAGCAAGCAGCAUUGCCUUCGGACGAAGUAAAUCCAUCGGGGAAUAAUCGUCCCUGUACUUGCGGUCAGUAA